AUGAAGAUGAUAUUGUGGAACUGUAGAGGGUUGGGUGGACCCUCUACAGUUUCCCAGCUUAAGGAUUCAAUUAGAAUCCACCACCCUAAUUUUAUGUUCCUUUCUGAGUUAAAAAAACAAAAAGAUUUUGUUAAAACGAUUUGUGUUAAGCUAGGGUAUAAGGAUAGAUUGGUUGCUGUUGAUCCCAUUGGUAUUAGUGGAGGUCUUGUUCUUCUUUGGGACAGUUCUCAGAAUAUUAUUCAGAUUAUUCAACACUCUUUUUGCUUUGAAGUGGAAAUCGGUAAGCCAAACAGUAAUGUCUCGUUUUGGGUGGUCUUUGUAUAUAUGAGUACUGAUAGAGUUAUCAGAGAGGACCAGUGGAGUUUUCUUAUUAAUGCCAAAUCUAAAUGGGGACAAGAUUGGAUAAUUGGUGGUGAUUGGAAUGCCAUUGUGGACCUCAGUGAGAAAAGAGGAGGCAGAGAUAAGAGUCUUGCAGAUAUGCUUAGUUUCCAGAACUUUAUUAACCAAAUGAGUAUGGUGGAAGUGAAUAUGCAGGGUCAUAAAUAUACUUGGUCCAACAAUAGAUCUCAUGAGCAUUUUGUGGAGGAAAAACUCGAUAGAGUUUUUGGUUCCUUGCGGUGGUCUUCUUCUCAUAGCUCAACAGUUGUUCUGAAUUGCUACCAAACUGCAUCUGAUCACAGUCUACUGGUCUUAAUCAGUGAGCUCACUCAGAUAAAACCCAAGGCCAGAUUUAUCUUCAACAAGCAAUGGAUUGAGAAACAGGAUGUCAUGGAUGUUGUCAAGAAGGCCUGGGAACCACUGUUGUUUUGUAGUAUUUUGUGGGUAGUUGGUAACGAGCUACUCGACCUUGAGUCGUUCUCAAAGGAAGACGGUUCGAAGCUUCGUUCACCACUCAAUUGUCCAAAUCACACAAAAUGA